AUGGCGGAUGCCCCGCGAGUUCGAGGCAUCGUGACGUCACCAGAGGGCAGCAUCAUUAAAGUGCGGCGUCUGUGUAAGUUCUGUGAUGUCAGACACACGCAGUGUAACGGCAAAGGCAGCUGCAAAGUGGACUGUGGCAUCACCGCCAUCUGCCCCAACGCCAGCGACGUCUGCGUCACCAUCUGGAGGAAGAACGACGACAAUGUGACGUUUGACACCAUCUGCCACAACCCGGAGCAGAAGCUUCACGGUCUGCAGCUCGACGACUACAACAACAGCAAGUGUGAGAUGAGAGAGCGCGGCGGCUUCCACAUCUGCUCCUGCUACGAGGAAGAGUGCAACGGCCACGUCUUCUUCAACGCCCACUCGGUGGAAUCCCCGGUGGUGGCCGUGGUCCUGGUCAGCCUGGUCCCGCUCCUCGUCAUGGCCGUGUUGGUCAUCACCUCCUUCUACUUCUACCGUGUUCUCCGCCAGCGCAGAGCCACCUCCUGCCGCAAAAAGGGCUCUCCUCUGGACAGCGAUCACGCCAUCAUGAUCGACGACGAAGGCUCGGACAGCAGCUCCACGCACGCCAACAACCUCAACCACAACACGGAGCUGCUGCCCAUCGCCCUGGACGCCCUGGUGGGGAAGGGCCGGUUUGCGGAGGUCUACAGGGCCAAGCUUAAGCAGGGCUCUUCCGUGAGCGAGGAGCAAGGAUUCGAAACGGUCGCGGUCAAAAUCUUCGCCUACGAGGAGUACGCGUCGUGGAAGAACGAGAAAGAGAUUUUUUCAGACACGGAUUUGCGACAUGAAAACGUUUUGCAUUUUCUCACGGCGGAGGAGAGGAAGGUACAGCAGCAGUAUUGGAUCAUAACGGCCUAUCACGCCAACGGGAAUCUGCAAGACUUUUUGACGCAUCACGUGAUUGGCUGGCACGAUCUGUGGGUCUUAGGAGGGUCUUUAGCCCAAGGCGUGGCCCACCUCCACAGCGACCACACAAGCUGCGGCCGAAACAAGAUCGCCAUUGCUCACCGGGACAUUAAGAGCUCCAACAUCCUGGUGAAGAGCGACCUCAGCUGCUGCCUCUGCGACUUCGGGCUGGCCCUGAGGCUCGACAGCUGUCUGUCUGUGGACGAGCUGGCCGACAGUGGACAGGUAGGAACAGCGAGGUACAUGGCUCCAGAGGUCCUCGAGUCCAGGAUAAACUUAGAAAACAUUGAGUCCUUUAAACAGGCCGAUGUUUACUCCAUGGCCCUGGUUCUGUGGGAGAUGACCUCCAGGUGCAGCGCCAUCGGAGCCACGCCUGCCCUGAGGCAGACUGUACCCAACACCAGCCACGCCUGCCCUGAGGCAGACUGUACCCAACACCAGCCACGCCUGCCCCUGAGGCAGACUGUCCCGAACACCGCGACCCACAAUCCCCCUUGUUUGUGCCUCAGGGCCACAGCUGCGUCCCUGUGUCCUGUGGGUGCACCCUAA